AAAAUUCCCGUUUGGCCAGAUUUCAGCAGUUUCCCACAUCUACGAAUUAGUGUGAAGAGCAAACCGUUCAACUUUCAACAUGACGAAGACAGAAAGCGUCAAAAGAAAGUUAAAGCCUGAGAUAGAGAAGAAGAGAAGAGAUCGAAUCAACCAUAACCUAGACUCGUUAAAAGAUCUGCUUUUCAAGAACACUGCAGACACGCGUUUGCAAAAUCCUAAACUGGAAAAAGCUGAGAUUUUAGAACUUGCAGUUCAAUACAUCAAAAAGACCGCAAGAAAAACUGAGACAAAAGUGACAUCUAAUAAAAUGGAUUCUAAGUCCACUCAGAACCAGUCUGUUGUAUCCGUUUCCACUGGCCCCAUCUACACCAGUGACUUCUACGGGAGGUUUAAAUCAUCUGAGCAGAAGGAGGUUCUUCUGAAACUGGGGGUCAAUCUUGAUAUCCAAACUGGUGCUUCCAAAGCAGGUAGUGAAGCAGUGGCCCAGACAGGCUUCCUUUUAUCACCAUCAGGCCAGAACUACAACCAGGAACUUCUCUUACACCCUGAAUCAUCUUUGUAUGGCUCUAAACUUUUGCAUCGAUCAACAUCUCCCUCCAGUUCAUCAUCAUCAUCAUCGCAAUGUGGUUCCCCACCUUCAUCGCCCACUUUUACUAGUGUAUCCUUCUCUCCCAGUAACUCUCCUUCAUAUCUUUUUAUGUCUUGUCCUUUACCUGUACCUUCUGAUUCACUAUCUCCUCACAUAGCACCACUUUCACUCCAUAGGCCUGUUAUUGUGCAUCAGCCUAUUCUGCCCAACAUGGCUAGAGAUUUUACCCCACCACAGUCUCCUGUACUGGCUCUUAGACCGGAAUCUUUUUCUAUUCCAACCCAGUCCAUAUGGAGACCAUGGAGCUGAGCUCUUACCAUAGUAGGGAUUUCCCUUUUACUUAGGCACUGCUCCAAUGGAGAAAUGACCUCUCAGAGGGACCUAAUGGAUGUAUGGUUGUGUUAUAAGUGUAAGGUUGUCACUUAUGUUUGCGUCCAGUUAGUGUUAUUUUUGUCAUGUUUUCAAUGACUUGUA